AUGGUGGAGGGGACAAUAAUGGAUCUAAUGAUGAUAAAAAUGGAUGGUGCAAAUGACAUGGAUAUCGAGAAGACGACGAACAAUGAGCAGCAAGGCAAUGUCAAUAGUCAGAAGGGCACUGUGAAGAAGAUCAAUAAUGCUAAGGGUGUUGUUGGUCACCAAGUUCAACAUCAAUUUGAGGCUCCAAUAUUGUUUGCUUCUCUUAAUACGGUUCUGUUGAGAAAAGGUAUUCAUGCUAAUAAUAUCCUACCAGGUCAUAUAAUGGAACAUUAUUCAUCUUCACUUUUAAAUUCUGAUGAAAAUUGCAAUUUCAUUGACACAAAUUUGAUAUUGCAUGGUCAUGCGGAAAAAGACAGAGAGGGCGCUUCUUUCCAGGCUGAUCCUGCUCCGGGAUCAGUGAAGAUCCGGUCGGCAGUAGCUCCAGGAUUGGAGCGGGCAGGUGCUGCAGGUCCUGCGCUGCCAUUGGGCAGCCAGGGCACAGCUCGCGUGACGCAAGUGGUCGCAGUGCCCUCGCCAGGUAAUGGGAAAUCUAAACCAUCGCUUGCUUCUUUGUCUGAUGAAGAUAUUUUGGUUAAGAUUCGGCUCACCGAGUGUCCCAGCCUGACAAAGAUUGCUCAUAUUGUGCAUGAUUUUUCACUGGCAUCUCAAAUCAUCUCCAUCUUGGAGAUAGAUAGUACCCCAAUCAUCUCACGACACGUCAGCACCCACCCCACCCAAUUCCGCACGACCAGCCUCAAGGUGGUGGGUGCCCAGAUCGGUUCAGCGAUCGGAGGCCAGAUCACCCUGCAGAAGAACUUCGAUGAGGACCUGAAGAAGAUGAAGAUGGCACUCGAAUCCGUCGAUGCCGUCCUUGAGGAUGCCGAGAGGCGAUCCAUCACGGAUAAAUCGACGCGUCUUUGGCUGAAGCGGCUUAAAGACCUCAUGUAUGUCGUCUCGGACAUGAUUGAUGAGUUCGAAGCCGACACACAGCCCAUCACCCAGCCGUCUCCACGGAAGUGCUCCUUCAAAAAGUAUUUGGCAAUUAUGAUCCCCUGUCUCACAAUUGGUCCCAAGAUUACAGUGGCCAAUAGGAUGGAGAAGAUGAGGGAGGAUCUAGAGGAGAUAACAUAUCAACGCAAAAAGUUCAAAUUAACAGAAGGCACUAAUGCAAGUGAGCCGAAACUUACUGAUAUAAGGGAAACAUCGUCAAUCAUGGAGACACAAAUUGUUGGGAGGACCGAUGAUAAAAAUGAUAUAUUGGCUUCCUUAUCUGAAAGCAUGACACAAGACAUCACAAUCCUUCCUAUAUAUGGAAUUGGAGGCCUUGGCAAGACCACCUUGGCAAAAAUGGUUUAUAAUAGUUUCCAAUUCAAAGAAUACUCUCAGGGGUGGGUUUAUGUGUCUCAGACGUUUGAUUUGAAGAAUAUUGGAAAUUCUAUAAUAACACAACUAUCAGAGAAAGAGAAGGAGAGUGAGUACACUGAAAUUCAGAUGAUACACAAAUCCCUUCAAAAGCUUUUUGCUGGUAAGAAGAUUCUUAUUGUUUUAGAUGACCUCUGGGAGGGCGAGGAUUUUCAUCUGGAAGGCCUGACCGAUAUGCUAAAGGUUGGGAAGGACAAUAGUGUGGUUGUUAUAGUAACCACACGCGAUGAAGGCAUAGCAAGAAAAAAUUCUACCAUCCGACCAUACAAAAUAAAAGCUUUGACCGAUGACAUGUGUUGGUCUAUAAUAAAGCAAAAGAGUGCAUUUGAAUCUAGAGGUGGCAAAGAACAUGCAGAGAAGAUAGGGAAUGCCAUUGCAAUGAAGUGUGGUGGUGUGGCUUUAGCAGCUAAAUCAAUUGGACAGACGCUGCAAUAUAUAAAUUUUAGUGAAUGGGAAUCCUUGAGGGAUAGCAAUAUAUGGACUCUAUGCUUUGCCUAUUGUGCAAUAUUUCCAAAAGGUCACAAGAUAGUUAAAGAUGAGCUUAUUCACCAGUGGGUUUCUCUUGGUUUCUCUACUUGGCAACUUGGUGAGAGAUGCAUUAGUCAGCUUUUGGGACUCUCUUUCCUUGAACAUUCAAAUUCACAAUCGAAUAUCGACCUAUAUGGUGAAGAUAUUACAUUGUUAACCAUGCAUGACUUGGUGCACGAUUUAGCAAGGACAGCCAUGGACAAUGAAAUUCUUGUUGUUAGCAAAGGCGAUAAUGCCCGAGGAAGCUGCUAUCACUAUGCAUUACUCGAUGAUUGCAGCAAGCCAUUGGUCUUGGAGUUAUCCAAGAUAAGGGCACUCCGUUUUAUGAAGUGUGAUAAAAGCAAAGUACAUGAUGUUGCAUUUUCAUCCGCUAAUUCCCUGCGUGUCUUGGACUUAAGUGAGUGCAUCAUACACAAGUUGCCAGAUUCUAUUGGUGUACUGAAGCAGUUGAGGUAUCUUGCUCCAGGAGUCCAACAUCCAACGAUUCCAGAUAUUAUCACCAAGCUCUCAAAAUUAAUUUAUCUGGACAUUCAUGGAUCUCCUACAAUUGUGGAGCUACCGAAGUCAAUUGGAGAUAUUGAAGGUCUGGUGUAUCUUCAUUUGUCAGGUUGUUCAGGACUUGCAAAACUGUCAGAAUCAUUCAGGAGGCUACAAAAAUUGGUGCAUUUGGAUCUGUCGAAUUGCUCUUGCGUUGGAGGUAUAUUGGUACUAUUGGGGAACCUCACACAACUCCAGUAUUUGAACUUAUCUCACUGCCAAAAAAUUGGAGAGAUGCCGGAAGCUCUAGGCGUCCUAUCCAAACUAGAGUAUUUGAACUUAUCAUUCAGCUCAUAUCUUGAAAGUUGCCAGGAAGCAGAAGUUUUGGGCUCGCUGAACAAACUUGAGUAUUUGAACUUAUCUUCAAAGCACUGUAGUCUUCAAAAACUCCCAGAAGUUUUGGGCACAUUCAUUCAACUCAAGUACUUAAACCUAUCAGGUUGUCAGAGUAUGUCAGAAUUGCCGAGGUCAUUUAUGAGUCUAAAAAAUUUGGUGUAUCUUGAUCUAUCAGACUGUUGUACAAUUGAUUGUCUAGAUGAAGCUUUGGUUGGUCUUUCCAAUCUGCAACAUUUGAAUUUACAGGGAACAUGUAUCAAGUUGCUGCCAGAAGAUGUGAACAAACUCCGUAUCUCCAAAGCCCCUCAGCUUGGUGGCAGUGCAAUAUCGUUACCACACUUUGGGGUGCAGCCUGGUGAUGGUCACUCUAGUAGCAAUCUCGUCCUGUUAGAACACAUGGAUCCUAUCGUGCUCAAGUUGACUGAACUUGAAAAUGUGAAGUCGGUAGAAGAGGCACAUCGUAUAAAUUUGAUGGGGAAGAAAAAACUUGAGGACUUGACAUUGGAGUGGACUAGAGAUGCUGAGAGAUUUGUGGAUCACAAAAUUUUGAUGGAAAAUCUGGUGCCACCAAGCACAUUGAAGAAGUUGGAGCUAUGUGGCUACAGUGGUGUCAGCUUUCCAGCCUGGCUAGUGGGCCAACUGCCAAACCUAGAAAGAUUGAUUCUCAGAGGUAUGGAAAACCUGGAAGAGUGGAACACGUCAUACUCCAAUGGUGAGGAUCACGUGAUUGGACAGUUGGAAAUUCAUGAUUGCCCCAUGUUAAGGAUGAAACCGCUUCCACCUAAAGCUACAUAUUGGGUGAUAUCAAACAGUGAUAAUGUGUUAUCAUCAUGGGAAGUGUGUACUGGACCACACACCAAUGCCACCUGCUCUUUUUCUGCGGUAGCUACUGUGCUAUCCAUGGCAUGCGCCCCCUCAACCACGGGGUCGGCACACCGGUGUCGUCGCCCCAGUCUCGGCUAUUCGACGCAAUUCGAUUGUGUUGGUCUUGGCGGCACACCAUCUACAGCAACACCGGCGGCACACCAGUGUCGCCGCACGGACUCGGCUAUCUGA